AUGUUCGCCGCCGCCCGCCCCUCGGUGCUCCGCUCAGCUCGCGCCCAGCUCCGCCAGUCCCAGACGCAGUCGCAGUCGCACGCCGCAUGGGCACGACUGGCCUCGACGCUCGCCGUCCUCGAGGCCAAAGAGGGCAAGCUCAACAUCGCCUCGCUCGCCGCCAUCACCGCCGGCACCAAGCUCGGUGGCUCCGUCACAGCCUUUGUCGCCGGAAGUGCGGGCAAGGCCCUUGCUGAGCAGGCGGGCAAGGCUCAGGGCAUCGAGAAGGUCAUCUACGUCGACAACGCCGCAUACGACAGGGGGCUCGCCGAGAACUGGGCGCCGCUGCUGGUCGACAACAUCAAGAAGGGCGGCUACACCCACGUCCUGACCGGCCACUCUGCCUUUGGCAAGAACCUGAUGCCGCGCGUUGCCGCCCUGCUCGAUGUCCAGCAGAUCUCCGACAUCACAGCCAUCGAGAGCGAGGACACAUUCGUUCGCCCCAUCUACGCCGGCAACGCCAUCAUGACCGUCCAGUCGAGCGACACCACCAAGAUCAUCACCGUCCGCGGCACCGCCUUCCCCGCCCCCGAUCCCGAGGGAGGCUCGGCCGCAGUAGAGGAAGGCACAGACCCCAAGGCCGAGUGCCCGACAGAAUGGGUGUCGGAGGAUCUCGCCAAGUCGGACCGUCCCGACCUCGGCUCAGCAACCAAGGUCGUCUCUGGAGGCCGUGGGCUGAAGUCCAAGGAGGAGUUCGACAAGCUCAUGCCCCCGCUGGCGGACGCGCUGGGUGCUGCCAUCGGUGCUUCGCGCGCCGCUGUCGACAGUGGCUUCGCCGACAACAGCUUGCAGGUCGGACAGACGGGAAAGAACGUGGCACCGCAGCUGUACCUUUGCGCCGGCAUUUCUGGCGCCAUCCAGCACCUGGCUGGCAUGAAGGACAGCAAGGUUAUUGCCGCCAUCAACAAGGACCCUGACGCGCCCAUCUUCCAAGUUGCCGACGUGGGUCUCGUAGGCGACCUGUUCGACAAGGUCCCAGAACUGACCGAAAAGCUGAAGCAGUAG